AUGCCUCCCCGGGUAUCUCCCUCCGCAGUCUCUCUCCCUUUACCUACGACACCUACGAUCCAAACACACUGUAAAUCAUGCUUUCAGCGUGCCUUAUCUUCCACCCCUUCGCUGUCGCAGACUAAACUCCGCGAGCAAUUCUGGCUCUGGCUUCGCGGGCCUGGAGAGAACUUCCGCCACCCCCUUCCAGGGUCGACAAACUACCUAUCCGCGUAUGACAAACGAGGAAACCUCAUUCGCGGUAAAGGCCAGGAGACGUCAGGGGAGUCGGCGAAAGAAAAGAGCUCUGAAGAUGCCAUGACGCCGGAUGAAGAAGCUCUGGAAGCCGCCGCCACGGAACAUGAACAGGAGUAUAAGCUCCCGAAAGAAACACUGGACGAUCUACGGCCGUUUCCCUGGAACAAGCAUUUUGUGAGUCAGAGUAUUCUGUCAGAGGAUCUCAGAAAUGAGAUCUGGGACAGAGUGCAACGGCAGGGGAAGUCGGUGAGGCAAGUUUCGAUUGAGAUGGGCGUGGAUAUGAGGAGGGUGGCUGCUGUGGUGAGACUAGUAGAGGUGGAGAGGAGGAUGAGGAGAGAGUCUUCCAGACUUCCAAGCAUGGUGAUUUACAAAACAUACAAAUUACAACUCUCUGAACCCGGAAAGGGAAACACACCUCAAUGGCUCUUCUUUGCUAUUUCCAGGACAAAAGCUGACAUUGCAUCUCUCGUUUCUUUCCAGGGCAAACCCCUCGCUCUUCCCUACGCUCGCGCCAUCCACGGCAUGGUCCCUCUCACCACCCUCAACCCAAAGACGCGCUUAGCCAGCGAACCUCACGAAUCCAUCAAUGAUCUAGAACAGCACCCGCUAACAUUUCCACAAAUUUUCUACCCGACAUCCGAAUCACGCGCGUUCAACCGUACCGAUGCAGGACGGGUAUUCAGUGGCGCACCGCGACUUUCCGACGAGCAAGAGAGUGCCAUAAACGAGGGAGUCUACGAAGCGUGGCGGGACUCUAAACCCGAAAUCAUCGGCAAGCCUGGUCACAGACGCGAGGUAUUGAAGCCAGCGGACUCACGCAUUCCCCACCCGCAUUUAAUCGCCUUUGAAAAAGACAAACUGAACCGCUCACUCACACCGCUCGAGAGACUUGCGCGCCAUCGCGAACGCUUAGAGAAAGACGAAGAGAGACAGCAAGCUCUUAAGAACAAGUUGCAGCAGGAGGAGGAAAGCAAGAAAACGAGGAUCGAUGCGGGAAGAUGGCAGUUUGUGGUGACGGAGGUGCAGAGUACGAGACAAGGCAUCGGGUUAAAUGGACGAGGAUCCGGGAAGGGAGCGGUGGGCCAGAGGUAUGGUGUGCCCAGUCAGGAGAGAAAGAAAGGCCAGGUCAAGAUUCCUACCAAAGUGGAGGUCUAA